GUGGAAUCCCUCCGCAGCCCGCACCAUGUUCGCGGCAUCCUUCGGCGCCAUUGGACGGGCCGUUCCUAGGUCCCAUUGGCGCCACACCACUGCCACGAUGGACAUGAGCCUGCGUGUACGCCACAUGCACACAAAAAAGCAAGUCGACGAGCCAGCCGCGACGUCAAUCAAGAACGACCGGCCGUCGAACGACAAGAUGCUUCAAAUCUUGACCCUGCCCAACGUCAUUACAAUGACCCGUAUCGUGGCUACACCGUACCUUGGGCACUUGAUCAUGCAAGGCGAGUACAAGUAUGCUGUCGGAGUGCUGGCCGUGGCGUCGAUCUCGGACUGGUUGGAUGGGUACUUGGCGCGGAAACUCGAUCAAAAGACUGUCGUCGGGACAUUUCUUGAUCCCUUGGCGGACAAGCUCAUGGUGGGAACGUUGUGCUUGAGUCUUGGGUACGUGCAACUACUGCCAUUGCCGCUGGUCGUUGUCAUUUUUGGCCGCGAUCUGCUCCUGAUCGGCGGCACGCUGCUCUAUCGCCAUCGCACGCGGAAUGCGUCGUCGGACUUUUUCCAAACCAACAACGCGUUCGAGGUCCAGCCGACGUUGACGUCAAAGAUCAACACAGCGCUGCAGUUCACCACGCUCGGAGGGGCGCUGCUCCACGCAGCAAGUCCUGUCCCCGGCAGCGACGUGGCACUGCAAUGCCUUUUGUACGUCCCAUCGGCAAUCGCAUCAUCCUGCACAAUUUCAAUUCACUUCAUGGUUCUAGCGCGGGCGUGACCGUGUCGACCUUUGCUUCCGGCUUUGGCUACCUCUCCGCAUGGCGGAAUCGCGAAGGCAUGUUCCGUCACCUUCCCAAGUAAACGGAGCGGCCGCGUCGGGUGUGGCUCAGUAACUACGAGAUAAAGAUAGACAAGUUGUACACUGCAAAUGGCCUUGACCUCAGCUCCA